GUUUUUCUCUUGCAGCAAUUGUAGAUCGAAACUCACGACUGUCGACAGUACAGUUGACAAUCAAGCUUCGACAAGUGCGAUAGAAGAAUCGCUGCUCUGUAAAAGAAGAAAUUCAACAACUUCUGUGCGUCAUAUUUGCGGUGAAAAGUCAUCCAGCUAAAAAGCGACGAAGAGUCAGUAAUCAAUCGUGUGACAACGAUUACUUUAUUCGAGCAUUGAACGAUGGUGGAUUAUAGCAAAUGGAAGAGCAUCGAAAUCUCAGAUGAUGAAGAUGAUACGCAUCCAAAUAUUGAUACGCCGUCACUAUUCCGGUGGCGGCAUCAAGCUCGAAUUGAAAGAAUGGAAGAACGUAAAAAGGAACAUGAAGAACAUGAAAAGAAGAAAGCAGAGACAUUAAAAAAGUUAAAGGAUACAAAGGAAAAGUUGGCAAAAUUGGGAAAUGAACAGGACUCGGCUGAUUUAACCACACUGAAAAAAGUUCUCCAGGAUCUUGAGACAGAAGAAAAAAGAAUUAAAGAAAAGGAAGAUGAAAUGGAGAAGAAAGAGAGAUUGACACCAUGGAAUGUAGAUACCAUUGGUCAAGAUGGUUUUACAAAAACUGUGAUAAAUAAAAAGCCUCCUAGGAAGGAUGAAGAUUCCAGUUUAUCUGAUGAAGAAAAGGAGAAACGCAUGAAGCAAUUUGUCAAGGAUAAUGAGAAGAAACUUAAAGAAUUCGGUAUGCUGAGAAAAUAUGAAGAUAGUAAGAAGUUUUUGUCAGACAAUCCACAUUUAGUUUGCGAGAAUACAGCAAAUUAUUUGGUCAUCUGGUGCAUCAAUUUGGAGAUGGAAGAAAAACACGACUUGAUGGAACAUGUGGCUCACCAAUGCAUAUGCAUGCAAUACAUAUUGGAGCUGUCCAAGCAAUUGGAUGUUGACCCGCGGGCAUGCGUGGGCUCCUUCUUUAGUCGUAUUUUAAUUGCUGAGGUGGAGUACAAGAACUCCUUUGAAGAUGAACUACGAUCGUUCAAGGACAGGAUAUGUAAGAGAGCAGAGGAGAAAAUAGCUGAUGCUGUUCGAGAGGCAGAAGAAGAGGAAAGAAAGGCUCGUUUAGGUCCUGGCGGACUCGAUCCUGUGGAAGUGUUUGAGAGUCUUCCGGAGCCUCUCAAAAAAUGUUUCGAGACACAGGAUAUUCCUCUGCUGCAACAAACAAUAGCUACAAUGCCAGAGGAAGAAGCGACAUAUUAUAUGAAGCGAUGCGUCGACAGUGGUCUAUGGGUUCCCGACGCGAAAGCUAAGGAAAAAGAGGAACAAAAUGCCGCGAAGGGAACACCAGAUCCAGAAUAAUGACCACACCGUACGUAGAAUACUCGGUGAAAAUCAGUAUCUCGUUUACACGAGUAUUCUUUACAUAAAAUCGAAACGGAUGUGUUGAAAUAAAGUCAUAAGUGGGAAACACACUGGCAAUACGAUUAUUAUCUCCAUCUGCUGCUUUCAUUGCUACUGUAGACAUUUUACUGUGUGUUAUCUUACAAAUAUGCUCUGUUAACUUAAGCUGAAUUAGUUUACAAGACUGAGUUGUCUUUUUCAUACAUAGCAAUCACUUGAAAUGAACCGAGUAGAGCAAGUAAUUAGUAUUGAAACAUUAUGUAACACUCACUUUCUAUAUAUCAUUUGUGUUGUUACUCGAAUUGCCUUCCUAUGUAUAUGUGUACAUAUACUGUUAAUCACAUUAACAAUUAUUUCAAUAUUUUAUAUCAACCUCUCUUCUACUAGUAAUAGUACAUAAUAUUGUAUAUUAAUCGAAAACGAUACCGUUAUGUAAAUAAAAACUAUUAUAAAC